AUGGUGUAUCAGGUACCACCACCUCUUCCCCAAGGGGCAGGCUAUGGCGUGGUAGUUGGCCUAGGUGUAGCUUUUGCUCUAGGGAUGAUCUGGGUGACAAAUAUCAUCAAGAAAACCUUCAAUGAGGAUUCAAAUAGUACAGAAACAUUCAUGGUCGCAAACAGAACGAUUGGAACUGGACUCACAGCGUGUGCUGUGAUAUCCUCCUGGUUAUACAGCUCCGCCCUCCUCGGAGCGUCACUCUUGACAUACAAUUAUGGACUUGCGCUUGGAGUUUGGUGGGGUGCAUCCGCCAGUACCAUGGUGACUUUGAUGGCAUAUCUUGCCAUUCAAGCGAAACGGCGAGCACCAAAUGCGCACACGCUUCUGGAAAUCAUUCGGGUGCGAUACGGAAAAUCAGCACAUAUACUGUGGAUAUUUCUCUGUCUCUUGAACAACGCUUUUAUAUUCUCAAGCAUGAUUCUCGGUUCAAGCACAAGCGUCAGUGCUCUGACCGGAAUGAAUGUGAUUGCGUCUUCAUAUCUUCUCCCUCUGGGCGUCGCUGUCUAUACUUAUUUCGGCGGACUGAAGGCGACCUUUCUAACGGACUACGUGCAUACAUUUAUUAUUAUGAUAAUUAUAUGCUGGUUCACCAUAAAGGUCAUCACUGUGAAUGAAAUCGGAUCAAUUGGCGCAUUAUUUGAGUUGGUUGUCGCAGUCGGCAAAGAAAAGCCCGUCAGUGGGAAUUUCGAAGGUUCAUACCUCACAAUGAGAAGCCAGCAGUGUCUUUUCUUCGGAAUUUUGCAUGUGACAGGAAACAUAGGAGGUGUUAUAAUGGAUACUGGAUUUUGGCAAAAGGGCUUCUCGGCCGACAUAGCAGCUGCAGUUCCAGGGUACGUUCUCGGCGGUGUUGCUUCAUUCUCAGUACCUUGGUCUUUUGGGACUAUCAUCGGUCUAGCUGCUCUAGCUUUGGAAAAAACGACCAUUUGGCCAACAUAUCCAAACGCUAUGACCGCGGAAGAAGUCAGUGCUGGACUUGUCCUCCCUUAUGUCGCCCAAGCUGUGGCUGGAAAAGUCGGAGCUGGCACUAUCCUUGUCGUUAUCUUUAUGUGGACGACCUCGAUUGCCUCUGCGCAGCUAAUCGCGACUAGCUCGAUCAUUUCAUUCGACAUAUACGGCACUUAUGUGAACAAGGCGCCGACGAAUGACCAAUUGAUAAAAUGGUCGCACAUUGGUGUUAUUGGGUCAUCGCUUUUUAUCUCGACGCUGGCGACUGCUUUCCACAAGGGUGGUGUUGACAUGACCUGGCUACUUUAUAUGCUAGGACUAAUCACAUGCCCCGGUGUAUUUCCAACAUGCUUUGCUCUUUUAUGGAAGCGUCAGUCAAGGGUGGCUGCUAUCACCGCCCCGAUCGUCGGGAUGAUCUCUGGAUUCGCUGUUUGGUUUGGAACAGCACACUAUUAUAGCGGCAAUAUUAGUAUUAUCUCGACUGGUGGAACUCUUCCCUGCCUCUUUGCUACCUUGACCGCAUUCUUCACUCCAUUGCCAGUUACCCUUGGAAUUUCGCUCUAUCAACAGCAGGAAUUUGAUUGGACUGUGUUUGGACAAAUUGCGCAAGUCAAACCUGAUGGGAAUGCGAACACAAACGGACGGACUGAUGAUACUGAGCUUCUGACUCCAGAGCGUGUCAAGUACCUGAAGAGAAUGAGCAACUGGGCAGCUUUCUGGGCAGUUUUCACUUUCAUUGGCCAUGUUUUCCUGUGGCCUAUACCCAUGUUUGGGGCUAGGAUGUCGUUUUCGAAAUCAUUCUUCAUUGCUUGGAUUGUGAUAUCUCUUAUUUGGCUGUGGAUGACUUUGGUAGUCGCGAUUUUCUACCCAUUGAUUGAUGGUGGUUUGCAACAGAUCUGGACAGUACUGAAAGUAUGGAAAGGAGGCAAGACUGCAAAAGGCGCAGACUCGCAACCGGAUCUACCUUCGUCAACAGAAGAGGUCAACUAUGUAGGUAAGGCUUGA